UUGUGUUUAGAUCAAGAACCGCAUUAACACAAUUUAAAAUCAAUAAUAAUAAUUUUGUAUUAAUAACUCAUAGAAGUAAUUGCAAAUAAAAAAUGCAUUUGAAUCAGUUGCUAUUUAUAAUUCUGAUUUUGUAUAACUUUGCUUUGCACAAUGUUAUGGGAUUUUUUAAUUGUGCCUAUGAGAAUACAAUUAAAAUCACCAAGGACGACGCAUUCUUACCAAAUGGUUCCUAUAUUUACGAUAAUCAAACACUAGUACCUCCCCAACUAGUGGCCAAUUAUGAUUAUGAAAUUUUAUAUAAUGGCAGCCGACAUAAGGUACCUCAACAUAAACGUGCCUGUAUCUGCCACCUGAAACCAUGCGUCACUUUGUGUUCCCAGGACAUCUUAAAAACCUAUCAGUAUGUCAAAAAUAAUGCUAUAUCUGCUGCCUUGGAUAUAUUUUCUAUUAAAGUGACUCUAGCGAAUAAAAGUGUUGUAAGGCAAAACAUAGCCCUGGAUUUUGCACCCAUUGUAUUGAACAAAUAUUGUGAAUCAUCAUAUAUGCUUUCACCAGAAACGAAUAAAAAUUACAACUGGACUUUGUUUGAGAAUGGUACUUUAUUGCGUCACAGCGAUCGAGUUCAAAUGGAAAGAUCAGAAUAUUGUUUUGAUUUGCACAUGGAAAAAAUUGGUAAUGAUACGUUUGAUUUAAUAAAUCCCAGGAUAUGUGCUAUACCCAAAAUUAUGUUUAGUUCUUUAGAGAAGAACAAUUAUUGGAUCCAAGUGCUUUCGAUAAUGUUUUUAAGUGCAACCAUUAUUGCAUAUUUCUACCAACCGGGAUUCCAAAAUUUGCAUGGAAAACUUUUAAUAACAUAUGCGGGCAAUUUGUUGUUGUCCUUUGCUAUUUUUAGUUUCAUAAAUCUUUCGCAAAAAACGUUUGAACGUGUUCCCUGUUUACUAAUGGGAUAUUUAAAUCAUUAUUUCCAAUUAUCUCACUACACUUGGUUGGCUAUAAUUUGCUAUGAUAUCUGGCGAACAAUUAGUGAUGUACAAUACAAAUCUUCAUAUCAUAAAUAUGCGAAAUAUGGUUAUCCUUUGCCAAUUCUGAUGACACUUUUGGCAUUUGCUGCUCAAAAUAUAAACAUUAACGAGGCUUUAAAACCGGGUAUAAGUGAAGACAGAUGUGGUUUGGAUGUUCAUAAAUGGUCGGCUGCUAUAUACCUAUUUGGUCCCUGUUUAAUGAUUUUGAUGUAUAGUUUACUAUGCAUUAUUUUGACCUUAAGAAUAAUUGGAACUAAUCAUUACAACUUAUAUUUGCGUUUUCUUCAAAUGCUGGUCAUAUGUUGGUUUUUCGACAUUCUAUCAUUUGUAUUACAUAUGAAGAAUUUGACGACUGCUUCGGCUAUAAUUGACUAUAUUAAUUCACUGCAGGGAUUAUUUAUAUUUAUUACUUACUUUGUACUACGAAAUGUACAGAAUAAAAUUAGAACAACGUAGUUUCCGCAUAUGAUUUAAAACAAAUCUGUCAAGCCGCUGAAAAGUCAUUGGAGAGUUCAAAAAUUCCCCAUUUUAUAAAUAUAUUGAUAAUAAUUUCAAUAAAUAAACGAUGAUAAAAAUAA